AUGGGUUCAUCAGAAUCAAGACCUAGAUCAUAGUCACAUCAAAUUGGAUUUGGAGAAAAUAUUAAUUCUAUUGAUAAGGUGAAUACUAGAAAAAUAAGAUUGGAUUAAUCCUUCGAUUUUGAUAGAAACUAUAAGUAAAACAGUAUCCCAAGGAAAAGCUAAAAUAGUCAAAAUUAUUAUAACCAGAAUAAUGAUGAUUCAAUACAUUAUUAGACUCCUCCCGCUUAAAAUGAUGAUGGAUUUGAGCAUUUAUAAAGCCUGAAUAAGGCUCAGUGUAUAAUUUGCAAAGAAACCUAUCCUAUUUAUGAAAGCUCAGAAAAUGAUUAGUCUAGAACUAGAGUUUUCAUUAUAGGUGGCUAUAUUGAUGAAAAUGGAGGAAAAGAUAUAAAAGCAGUCAAUUGGAAUUUGGAGUAUAUUAAGGAACCCUGCUUCAUUUAGCCAAAGAGUGGAAUGCUGAGUAAUAGAUUUAAUCAUUGCAUGAUAUUUGAUGAAAAAAGGGGCAGGAUAUAUGUUUUUGGUGGUUUGAGUGAUACAUAAAGUAUCAAAAUGAUGUUCUACUAGGAUGAUAGUGACGAAGAUGAUGAUUUUAAAAGACCUAAUAGUUUCUUACAAUCAGGUGAGUACUAUGAUCUUAAAAAUGAUAAUUGGGUAAAUAUUAAAAAUAUGCAUAGCCAUAGAGAGCAAGCUACAUGCACAAUAUUCAAAGAAGAUUAUGUCUAUCUCUUUGGCGGGAUAGAUAGAUUCUCAAGAGAUCCUUAUAGUCUUUUCAAUACAAUCGAUAAAUAUAAUAUUUCUAAUGAUGAUUGGUAUCAACUUAAGAUCAGAAAUGUUUCACUACAGCUAACAAUUAUCAGAGCUUGUUCUCUUUAAAUCAGCUCUAAAGAGAUAAUUAUUUUCGGAGGAAAGUAGGGCAAUGAAAAUAGAAGAGACUCUAUUUAUGAGUACAAUGUAGAGACAAAUGAACUAAUACUUUCUCAGAAUAAACUUCCUUCUGAGAUUGAAUUUCACCAUCCAACUCACUUGAUUAAUGGUGUCCAUUAUAUGUUUGGAUGGAAUAAUAGAGGUCUUCUACUUCUCUCCUAUUCUAUGAUUAAGUAGAGCUUCAACUUAGUAAAUCAAAUGAAUAUAUGA